AUGUACCAAGAGCAUUACAAUGCCCUCUUCUCCAUGGACUUCAUGGACACCAAGUACCCACAUGUUGACACAAUGAAGGCCCUUGGAAUCUUUGAGGAUGUGGAGCUAAUUCUCAAGAACAUGCACUUGGCCAAGCUUUUCUCUUAUCACAUGGAAUCCUACAAGGAGCUCACUUGCGAGUUCUUAGCUUCAAUGAGGUACCACAUGUAUGAAGAGGAAGAUAGAGCUGAUUUGGACCAAGGAUUGGGAUGGAUCACGUUCUUGGCUAAGGGAGAGAAGAGAAUGGUGACCUUUAGGCAGCUGGAAAUCUUGUUUGGGUUCAACUAUGGAGAGGGUACCAAGUGGAACUUCAAGGAAAAGGAACUCCAAAGGGUUUGGGCUACAAUCGCUGAUGGAGUGUACUCUUCCUCAAGGUCCAAGGCAGCUCAGAUCAGGAGCCCAGUCUUGAGGUAUGUGCACAAGGCACUUGCCAACACCUUCUUUGCAAGGAAGGCGACCGGGACCAUCAACGAGGGGGAACUCAAGUUUCUUGACAUGGGAAUCAAGCCCAUUCUCUCACGCACAAGCGAUGGCAAGAGGAUAAGGGGAGAUAGAUCUGACACAGGGAACUUGAUGCCUUUCCUUGACCAUCUCCUUACCUACAAGAUCACAGCCUACAACACUAGACAUCAAACGAGGAAGGCGCCUAAGUGUUGGAGGGCUCAUCACACCUAUCUUGUGUGCUGCUGGAGUGAACCCAACUGA